AACCCGAGGAAGACGAGGCAGAGGUGAGGCAAGGCAAGCAGAAGGUAGAGGCAGACAUUCAGUAGCCACAAGUCACCAGUCAAUCACCUGUCAGUCACCAAUCGGUCACUAGCAUGAGUGAAUCCGCGACUUCAGGUGAACUCAAGACAAGAAGGCCUUGGAGAACCGUAUGUCGAACCACCGUGCUUCCUGUGCUGGUGACGGUGAUGGUGGCGGGGCUGGGGCUUGAAGUUUGCAUCGUGGUGGAGCAUCUGCUGACGGAGGAACACGAGUCAAUCUUCACCGUGACGUCUCCUGAAGCGGUGGACUCUCUGGGGCAGAUGCGCACGGUGGGGCCUGGGAUUCGCUGGCCUCUGUUGCUGCUGCUGACCUCUGUGCUUACCCUAUCAGUGUGCGUGGCCAUUCUGGUGUGGUCUCUCACCAGGCAGCGAGCGCCGACUGUUACCGGGCCCUUACUGCCUCGUCGAGUAACACCAUGUGGACCUCUUCGGCCUCAAAUACUUCGGUCCCCAGUGAAGUCUCCCGUGAACGCCAGCGCAGCACUUCUAUCCCCGUUCUCACGCACACGUCUACUCUCCACCGCCACGCCUGUGCACCCUAACAUCGUUCGCGUGAAGGAGCAGCGGGAGGAGGGCGUGUUCCGGAUGUCAGUGUAGGCGCGGGUGUGUUCUUAAUUGUCUUUGUGGUGGCGGGACAGCGUGGAAGUAAUGCUGUGAAUAAAUCUUGGGAAUGAUGUAA